CUGCUUGUAGAGUCAGUUUACAAGUUUUUGCGUGAUACCUGAGUCUGUUGGACAUGUCUUUUUUUAGUAGUUACAUAUGGGGACUCCACACAGCAAGCCAGCAGAACAGACGACUUCAUCACAUGUACCUCCAGGCCCGAUGGAGGGGACAAGUGUUGACGACUCUAACGAAGGGAUUAUACCCGUAGCCGAUGAUGUUGACAAAAUUUACCCACGUAGUCCAGGAGUCCAUAUUACUCCCUCCGAACGGAUGAUACUUGAGACCGAUGGUGAUAGCACAUAUGAUACUCCAGGCCCGAUGGAGGGGCCAAAUGGUGACGACUCUAAUGAAGGGGUUAUACCUGGAGCCGACGAUGUUCACAAGAAUUACCCAAGUAGUCCAGGUACUAAGGCUGUGCAUAUAUACUGA